AUGGUAGUGGGACUACGUCAAUUGAAGCCGUUGCCGUUUGCAAACGCGCUCGCGAAGAAAAUCUCGCUGUACUGCGGGGACAUUACAAAGUUGGAAGUGGAUGCCAUUGUGAAUGCGGCGAACAAGACCUUGCUUGGUGGUGGGGGCGUCGAUGGCGCGAUCCACAAAGCCGCCAACGAUCCACGCUUCCUCGAAGAGUGCCGUCAGUUGCGUGGCUGCGAGACGGGCGAGGCCAAGUCGACGCAGGCGUACCAAUUGCCCUGCAAGGGCGUGAUUCAUACCGUCGGCCCGAUUUACAGCCAGCAUUCACCGGCACAAGCACGUACCUUGCUUCAGGCAGCCUACCGUCACAGCCUCCAGCAGGCCGUACAGCACCAAUGGCGUACAGUGGCUUUCCCUUCGAUCUCCACAGGCGUGUACGGCUACCCGAUCGAGGAUGCAACGCACGCUGUGCUCGAGCAGGUCAAGUCUCGAUCUGGUUGUAUUCUGCUGCUUCUCCGCGUCUGA